AUGCCAUUCUUGCGCCGUCUAGUCGUAACAUCUGUAGUGGUUGGCGGGCCAGCCUACUACGUCCACUCGACCAUCACGCGUCUCGAGGCGAGAUACCCGCGUCUCCAGCCCGAAACUGCCUCCACCUCCGCCUUCAGGGCUACUCCAGAUAACGCUUACCAGUAUGCUGGGAAGCACCACACUCCUCAUGUGGAUAUCUAUGGUGCAAAGGUCCCUGCCAAAGCGCUACACAAUCAAAAUGACCCCCUGACUGGCCGCAAGUUGAGCCCAGACGAGGCAUGGGCACGCCUCUUCCUCCAGUCCCCCGUGCUGCAGCUCGAGGGCAAGCUCUUUGGUGGCUUCUCUAAGGGGACUGGCGACGCCGGUGAGAAUGGCUUCCACAAGGGUCAGCAGCUUCUCAAUGGCGGGUUCGAGGUCCUGAGAGCACCAUCGCAGCCUUCAUCCAUCUUCCGUCCGCUCGCCCAUCCCGAACCCUUGCUUGUCCAGUGGGUAUUCCCACCCCAGCUCGUGGCAUUCUGCGACAAGGCGGCCACGGACUGGGGCUACCCUUUCCGCUUCAUGAGCGGCGGCCGCCAUGAAUUCAGCGUUGGUGACGAGGACCACAACGGCAUGAUCGAGGUGCGGUUCGGCUCCGCCCAUGACUACGAGCUAGUUGACAGUGAGGGCAAGAAUCAGAAGGCUAUCCCGCAGUGGACGUCAAGGUUGCACAGGGCUUACGCUAUGUGGUUGCUAGACGAGAGGAUCCAAGCUUUGGAGAGACAGGCUGGUACAAGGGCGUGA